GAAUAUUAAUGAAACUGAUUUCAAAGGGUAAAGCUUUAUCAAAGAACAAAUACAAAAUUAAUAGUGCUAAUACUAAUAGUGGAGGAAAAAGCAGCUCAAAUUCCGCUCAGCUCUUUAAUAGUAGAAACAUUAAAGGCCCUAACAACAUUGGAAGAGGAGAAUUUAUAAUCCCAGCAGCUUCAACAAAAUCCCCUGGAAAAACUCAGAGUCAUAUUGCAAACAAGAGUAUUGUCUUUAGAAAAGAUGGUAAAUCUCCUUAUAUUCAUGGGGACCUUGAGAAACUCAAACAAUACGUGAAUUUGCCGAAGUCGAAUACAAGAAAGACUAUGAAAUCAGCUCUUAGAACAAAAUAUGCGCGUACUGACACUACUGAAGAAAGGAAGAAAAUUCGAGAUUACAGUUCAGCUCAGAACUCAAUACUCUACAAAGGGUCUGCAAAAGAGAUGGAUGACUAUAUAGGGAAAGGGUACAAAGGAAAACUUAAACAUUCUAAACUUGGCAAACAUAAGCACUUCAUGAGUUAUGAUGCUAAAAGCCAGGAUUUGAAGUAUUAUGAUUUUGGGAUACAAAAUGCUCCAGAUAAUUCUUUUGAUCGCAUCCACAAGAAGAAAAAGAUGAGCUUGAGCACUAAGAUGAAAAUAAAGAGAAACUCAUCAAUGUCUAAAAUGCUGAAAGCUCAUGGCUUUUUGAGCAAUACAAGCACUUUAGUAGGCUAUGGAGGUGUUAAUAUUAAAAAGUAGACUUUCUAUCUCCCAUAAAA